AUGUCCGAUGAGUCCGUUCAGGUCACUGUGAGGAUCCGGCCGUUCCUCCCACGGGAGAGGGGGCAACGGCAGAUCGUCAAUGUACAAAGCUCCAAUGUUCUAAAGCUCAAGGUGCUCACCACUCAGCUCACUGGGCCCCCGCAGGAGGAGGACAAAGUUUUCUCCUUCGACCAUUGCCUGUCUUCGGUAAAGCCGAACGACGCAAGGAGGGAUGAGCCACAUGCACCUCCGGUUACGCAGGAGCAGGUCUACGAGGUCAUUGGCCAGAACUUGCUGGAAAAUGCUCUCGAAGGUUUUAACUCCUGCCUCUUUGCGUACGGCCAGACCGGGAGUGGGAAGACCUACACCGUUCUUGGGCACGAAAGAGAUCCAGGUAUCAUCCCAAGGCUGUGCUUGAACCUCUUCUCCCAGGAGUACGACGAGUUGCGCGUUUCGGCUUCUUUUCUGGAAAUCUACAAUGAGCAGCUGAAGGACUUGCUGAACCCGCAGAUGGAAGGCAGGAAGCCGCUGUACGUACACCAGCAUCCUCAGCUGGGAGUGUAUGUUCCACAUCUGACGGAGGCGCCGGUGGGCAGCCACAGCGAGUGUAUGGGGUUGCUGGACUUCGGCUCGAAGAUCCGAGCCACGUCUCAGACGAACAUGAACAGCACGUCUUCUCGAAGUCAUGCCCUGUUCAUUCUUCGGAUAACCUUCCCCAUCAAGGAUGAAGCGAGAACGCGAAUCCGAAACAGCACGCUGAAUCUCAUCGACCUCGCGGGCAGUGAGCGAGUGAAGAAGAGCGGCGCAGCAGGCCAAAGGAUGAGAGAGGGCCAAAACAUCAACAGCUCCCUCAGCGUCCUCGGGCAGGUCAUCUCGAAACUGGCCCAGGGCAAGUUCAAGCACGUGCCCUUCAGGCAGAGCAAGCUUACCUACCUCUUGACGGAUGCAUUGAAUGGCAAUAGCAAGACGCACAUGGUUGCUGCCAUAUCGCCUGCACUUUCGGAGAUGGAGGAGACGCUUGGGACGCUUCGUUUCGCGAGCUCCGUCAAGAAGGUGCGCACUCAUGCCGUCUCCAACGAGCAGGACGUCGGCGAGAGCGACCUCCUCCUGCAGACUAUGCGUUCGGAGGCGGAGGAGCUGAAGGCCGCGGCGAUCAAAGCGAGGGAAGAAAGUCCGCAGCAGGCUAGGCGGUUGGAAAUCCACGCCGAAGCUGUGGAGCAUGCGGUGAUCAGCAUGCAGACGCGGAUCGACAAGACGAUGUGGUCGCAGGCGCAGCAGGCCCAGCAGGAGGCGACACGACAGGCCCUGGCAGGUCUGAGCUUGCCUUUUGCCAUUGGAGGAAUGCUUGGAGGUCAAUCGCAAGACGGUGUGACCGCAAAUUCGCCGUAUUUGCUCAACAUCUCGGAUGACAUCUCCUUGGCGGGCAGGCUUCUUUACUUCCUGCCGGAGGGUCCGCCCAUCAGCGUAGGCUCCGGUGAGAACAACCGAAUCCGCUUGAUGGGGUUGGGGAUUCCCGACCGUUUAUGCGACAUCUCCGUUGUUGCAGGUGGAAAGGGCGUCGAGGUGCAACACUCCGGAGGCGGGCGCCUGAUGGUCGACGGCAUACAGGUGUCCGAGAACCAGGCCGCGGCGCUCUACAACGGUGCCCGCAUCAUCUUCGGCCGCUCCCUUGCCUUCCGCCUCGUCAUCCCGUUGGCAUCCCAAAGCGGCGGGCGCGGUUUGGAGGAUGAGGAGGAUUGGAUGAAUCCACGCAUUGCACCACCGCAGAGCCCUUUCCCGGCUUGUGAUGGUGACGCACUGCAACGUUUGCGACUGUUGGUCGAGACUUCUGUGAUGCCUGUACUGGGCGAAACAGAGUGUGCGGAGAUCAUGCGCAGAGCAGGCGAGGUUCACAACGAUGUCGAUGAGGCUAAUGAGCUGCUGAAGGAGAUUGAAUCACCACCUCUUCAGGCACCUGGACGUGGAGCACUGACUGGUGAGCUGAGCAAGACUUCAUGCUGA